AUGUAUCACGUCGAAGUCGUCCCCAACACUACCACGUCCCACGCGACGCCUGGGUGGACCUACGUCCCAGACAAAGGUUUCGACCCAGCCAAAGCCGCAAUCGCGCCUUCGCUCGGCCGGAAACGUGGCAUUCGAGACCCCGCACGUACAGAUGUGUCUUCAAGACAAACAAACGCGAUCGUAAGGCACUUGGCGGAGCUCGAUCGGGAAAAUCAUCGAGAUGUCGCCAUUUCUGUUCCUGCGAGGCAAUUAAAGGAUGCCGCUGGUCGUGGGACGCGAACAAAGACGACCUCAAACGUGCGACGAAUUCUUCAAUCGCAGAAGACUUUUAGGAACUAUUUGGACGACGAAGAGGCCGCGUUAGCUCAGGCUGCUUCAUCAACAACAGGGUCAACGGCCUCGCAGCGGCUACCUCUGAACAAGAUUACGAAACCAUCUUCGUCACGGCGAAGUUCAACGCCAGCUACAACGCCGCGGCCGGACCCAGCCACAGCUCGAUUGAAGAAAGACCUUCCUCCCCCUGCCUCCCAAAAACCGUCCGCCGACGACAAUACUUCCUCUAACAACCAAGAACACGACCCUCAAGAUCCCGGAAAUGGCCUCAUAAAGUCCCAGCAUGAUAACGAUCCUCUCCUAAAGUCAUACAUCCCCACCGCUCCCUCAGAACGUAUCAUGCGCGCCUUAUUAUCCGAACCGCCACUCACAUACAACGCGUCGCGAGCUGGACCGCCGAUAACAGGAAAGUCGGCCCGGAAGUUUUGCUGUAUAUGCGGAUACUGGGGGAAAAUUCGGUGUCGGAAUUGUCAUCAGCGGACAUGUGGGAUUGAGUGUUACAAGGUGCAUGAGGAUUCGAGGUGUGGUGCAUUCUUUUAA